AUGAGCUCAGUCAGUCAGCGCGCCGGCUCUUCCUUCUGCUCGGAUGUGAUUUCAGUGGUGCCAUCUCUCCUCGUGUUCAUGUCCACAAUCAGAGCAGGGCUUGGAAGCACAUGGUCAGCAUCCGAGAUCUGCCCACUCGGGCAAUUUCCAUGUGGAAAUGUGAGUUUGUGUCUGCCUCAGGUGCUGCAUUGUAAUGGCCAAGAGGACUGUCCUAAUGGAGCCGACGAGGAGCACUGUGGAGAUAACAGUGGCUGGGCCAAUUUAUUUGACAGGGUCAUUCAAAUAUCGGUCCGGCGUGACCUGUCCAGAGACUGCUUUCUGCAGCAGUACCCAGAUCGCUGUCAGUGCAUUGAGCUGGAACUCCAGUGUGUGCGCAUCAGUUUGAAUUCCGUGCCGCAUGUGUCAUCCAAUGUGACAUCUCUGUCUCUUAAGAGCAAUGAGAUACGAGUUUUACCAGAAAAUGCUUUUAGUAGAUACACAGAACUUCGAAGACUAUUUCUUCAGGAUAACUGCAUAAGCUCUGUGUCUGAUCGGGCUUUUAAUGGAUUAUUCAAAUUGCAGAAAUUGUCUUUGAGCCAAAACUGCAUCACGUUAUUAAAACAUGGAGUCUUUGCUGAUCUCCACCAACUCAACUGGCUAAUUCUAGAUGACAAUCCUCUGAAAACCGUUGCUGUGAACACAUUCGCUGGCCUGAGGUCUCUCUUCUUCUUGUCGAUGGUGAACACCUCACUUGAACAGCUUCCUUCAUCUGGAUUCUGCAGACACAUGCCCUGUCUCAACUGGCUGGACUUUGAAGGGAACUGCAUUCAGGUGCUGAACUACUCCAUGCUGAUGUCCUGUGAUGAGCUCACUGUGCUAUCACUGCGAGCAAACCACAUUAAGAGGCUUCCGGAAAACACUUUCCAAUCUCUACAUGUGCUGGGAGAGCUAGACCUUUCCAGUAACCAAAUAAAAGAGCUGCCAUUGACCAUCUUCAAGGGUCUACAGUCUUUACAGAUACUGAACCUUUCCCAAAACCCGCUGAGCCAAAUCUACCUGAGUCAGUUUGAUCCUCUCACGCAACUCCAGUCACUGGGCUUGGAAGGAGUCGAGAUCCCAAACAUCCAGACCCGCAUGUUCCAGUCAGUGAAGAACCUCUCCUACAUAUACUUUAAGAAAUUCCAGUACUGUUCCUAUGCUCCUCAUGUCCGAAAAUGCAAGCCUAACUCGGAUGGCCUCUCAUCUUUUGAAGACCUGUUGGCGAGUGUCGUCCUCCGGGUCUCUGUCUGGGUCAUGGCCUUCCUCACCUGCUUUGGGAACAUCUUCGUCAUUGGCAUGCGUACGGUCAUCCGGGCAGAGAACAACCUGCAUGCUAUCUGCAUCAAGGUUUUGUGUUGUGCAGAUUGCCUCAUGGGCAUCUACCUUUUUUUUGUGGGUAUCUUCGAUGUAAAGUUCCGUGGCGAGUACAACAAGAACGCCUAUGUGUGGAUGGAGAGCCUUGAAUGUCGCACCAUCGGCUUUCUGGCCAUGCUGUCCUCCGAGGUGUCUGUCAUGCUCCUCACCUACCUGACCCUAGAGAAGUUUCUGGUCAUUGUGUUCCCACUGAGUCACCUAAGGCCUGGGAAAAAUCAGACAUUCAUCAUUUUGGCUGUGAUCUGGCUCAUAGGCAUCUCGAUUGCCGCCGUGCCGCUGCUCAAUGAUGAGGUCUUCGGGAACUACUACGGCCGAAACGGCGUCUGCUUCCCCCUGCACUCUGAACGUGUAGAGAAACCGACAGCGAAGGGAUAUUCCACUGGCAUAUUUCUGGGACUCAACCUAGUAGCCUUCCUCAUCAUCGUCAUCUCCUACUCCAGCAUGUUCUACUCCAUCUACAAGACAGGUAUUAAUGCCACAGAGCUGCGCAGAGACGUGGCUGUGGCCAACCGCUUCUUUUUCAUCGUGUUCUCUGAUGCCCUCUGCUGGAUCCCAAUAUUCCUGGUCAAAAUUCUCUCUCUGCUCAAGGUGGAGAUUCCAGGAACCAUCACAUCUUGGGUGGUUAUAUUCAUCCUGCCUAUCAACAGUGCCUUGAACCCCAUCCUGUACACCCUGACGACCAGCUUCUUCCGAGAGCAGGUGGAGCUGAUGCUGUGCCAGUGGCAAAGACACUCCAUCCUCAGAAAGGAACGGAAGAGUCUGUCCAGCUCAGUUAGCGUCAUCGAAAACUCACGACGUCCAUAUUGCAUACGCAACUUCAUGCCACGGACCUUGGUCUUAAAAUUUAAUGCUAAUUUCAGAUGA